ACAAGGGUCGAAUGUGGUAAUGAAUUAAAUAGGUGCAAACGAAAGCAAGGUCCCAUCUUAUCCAUUACCAAACCAUAUUUCGUACUCUCUAUUCUUUGCCAGUCUGUCAGCGACCAUGAGUUACUCUAACCUUGAUAUUAUCAAAAUCGCCGAUGCAUUUCCGUACGGCUCUCCUGCCGACAGGCUCGAGACACUCAACUAUUACUUUCACUUCCGUACCGCUUCACAUCCAGGUGUCACGCUGGGGUACAUGCUUCCCUGGGUAGCUCUGACCUUUGCUGAGUUGCCAGACUGGUCUUUGAACCUGGAGAGCAGCCCAAGAAGCCUCACACUAAUUGGUGGUCAUAACGAACCUACACGAACGGCCAUUAUGCAGAAGACUACGUUAAAGAUGCGGGCGGCUGGUCAGUUCAAAGCGCUUGAAAAGUGGCGAGAUGAGUUAUUCCCGGUAUACGGCCCAGGCAAGGAGUUACUCUUCAGCGUCGAACGCAGCGCCAGCCCCCUCUUUGGAAUCGUCAAUUAUGGCAUUAACAUGACGGCAUUUCGUUGGAACACUGACAAAGAUCCUGAAGGCGUGAUGGAGGUUUGGGUGCCACGACGGUCCAGCACAAGGUCAAAAUUCCCGGGCAUGCUCGACAGUUCAGUUGGAGGAGCAUUGGCCACUAACGAGACACCAUGGACCUGCCUCGUCCGGGAAAGCAAGGAGGAAGCAUCACUAGAAGAGAAGAUCGUCAGAAAUGCCAAAGCCAUGGGCUCUUUGACGUACUUCUACCUUUCGAGCGAGGGAUCUGGAUGCGAGACCGGCUUAGCCCAACCCGACUGCACGUAUGUAUUUGAUUUGGACUUGACUGGCUCGGCACCAGAUGCCCUGGUUCCAAAUGAUGGUUCGGUAGCGGUCUUUGAGCUAUUAACGGUGUCGGAUAUCAAGCGGGCCUUAUCUCAUAAAGAGUUCAAACCAAACAGCGCCCUCGUCAUGCUAGACUUUCUUAUCCGUCAUGGGGAACUCAAGGAAAAAGAUGAGCCGGAUUAUGAAGAGAUUUCUUCGAGAAUGCAUAGAAAUUUGGAAUUUCCGUUACGUUAGCUGUUGGGAUACAGAAGUAUUUUGUGCAAAUUUGCUUGCUACGCUCCGCGGUCGGUUCUCUUGGAAAGGCGUUUUCUGGUGUAUCGUAUUCACUGGUAGUCUUCUCUAUGACCAAUUGGAAGUUAUGUUUUCUCAAGGCAGUAGAAGUUCUUCAGAAGCGUUCCAACUUUACAUCCAAUCAGAUUUUGUAUAUCACUGUGGUUGAGCAAGCAUUUCGUUUGUCCUACCUCUUUGAUCUGCCCUUGACGCCACUAUGAUCUUGGAGAGCAAUGGAAAUAGUCAUUUUCAAGUACCACCACAUCUACCACAGCUUGCUUUGCGUGUUUAGUAGGGGCAGUGAUCACGGUUAUAUGUUUGGCUACCAAGAGGUGAAUGCGCAUUUCUACUUGUUGAGAUGACUAGUAAGGAAAUCGUACUCAACUACUGCAUCAUUCGGGGUGAAAGAUACUGGCAUGAAAAGAGAAAUCCACAAGAAUAAAGGCACCACGGGGAUAACUUUCUAUCCUGAAUUUUACUGAUCAGCAUGCGAUAAAAUGGCUCUGAAUAGAU